CCGCGUGGCGAUGGAGCGGCUGGCGGUCAAAAAUGAGCCGCGUGAUGGGGAAAAAGCGCCAAGAGACCUUCACUUGACGACGAACCAAGUAAAACGUCUCUGCCGCUCAUGUCUUUCCUUCGCAGUGACGAUGAGCUGCGCCUAUUCAACCCCUCCGUUGGGGGAGAUGAGAGUCCCGGGAGGCGUCAGCCACGCAGCAGCUUCAGCCAGUCGUCAUUGUCCGCAAUGGAGGAACCAGUCGUCACCGUCCACGUUCGUCGGCGUGUGUAACUGCGGCGUGCGCAUUGCGCGUGUGUGGGGCCGCAGGCAGCGACGGUGCGGGCGCCCCCCGCACCUGUGGAAUGAAUUGUUUUGCGAGCGGGGGUCCGCCUUGCGCCGCGCCUGCGUGAUGUAUUUGAUUGUCUGCUGA